AUGUCAACCAACUUAAAAAACUCGCGCUCUUUGCGCUUGACUGUUGCCCUUAUCAUUCCAUUUGCGCUAUUUUGUUAUCUUUACUCGUGGAAACAAAUACCCACUGUCUCCAGUAGUACGAUACCGUACUCUUCAGGGACGGCUACGACCACAGCGGCCUCAAUUUCAACAUCAGUGCCUCCAAAGGAACAUCCUUCGCCUCCAUCCAUUUACACGCUUCCAGACAAGGUCUGGCAUUCCGCCAAAUUUGAUAAUUUAUCAGAAAAUCAGCGUGAAUGGACCGGCAGCUGGACAAAGAAAAACCCCGCUCUCCGCUCUGAAUUGUUGACCGAUCGAUCGGCCGAAGCAUUUGUUCGCGCUCAUUACUUCAAAACGCGGCCGGAUAUCGUCGAAGUCUAUGAAGCCCUUCCAAUCGCAAUCCUACGUGCGGACCUUUUCCGUUACUUGGUUGUUCUCGCCGAAGGCGGUAUCUGGGGAGAUUUAGACACUUCAUGCGAGAAAGAAGUUUCCGAGUGGGUACCCGUGGAAUACCGAAAUGAGAACAUUGAUAUGAUUGUCGGAUUGGAGUUCGACUUUGAAUGGCGAGGCCCAGGAACUGAAGUUGCUUCCCAGUUCUGCAACUGGAUAUUUGUCGCGCGGAAGUCCUCGCGUAAUCUUCAAAUCAUUGUGGACACUGUUCUCAAAACCUUGAAAAAUAUUGCCCGAGAUAAUGCCGUAGGCAUCGAAGGGAUUACCCUAGAAAUGCUUUCGGACGUCGUCAACGUGACGGGACCUAAGAUCAUGACGAUCGCGAUCAUGGAUAGUCUCGAACAAUUGCUUGGCAGGCCCGUGGAUGAUCGCGAUUAUGCACUCACUAAACGGCCUAAGCUAGUCGGUGAUGUUUUGAUCAUGCCUGGAGUCUCUUUUGCUGCUCUUCAAAACGGAAAUCCGACGGAUCAAGGUGAUGCUCUUGUCACUCAUCAUUACGAGGGCUCGUGGAAGAAGGAAGAUGCAGAGGCAAAGGAGCGGAAAAAGCUGAAACAAGAACAAGAACAGCAGCAACAGCAAGAUGCAUCGUCACCACCACCUCCCCCAGCAUUAGCAACACCAGAAGCACCAGUACCAUCUGCCGCUGCGACCUGA